AACAAGGACAGGAUUAUAUCUACGGCAUAUGAGCCCCGCUCCACACCUUCCACCACCACUACCAUCACCACCCACCCAGCACCCCUUUCACCUCACCUCAGAGAGAGAAAGAGACAAGAAUACCCCAAGUUACUGCAACCUCCGAGCUAUAGAGCAGGUUACAGCCGCUGUUGGAUUUCAAAUGACACUCUCGCUGCAAACACUGAGCAGAUUAUACUCUACUGAGUGCUGAAUUACAACACACUAUUGGAUAACCAAGUGAUCCUUUACAGAGGAGACAACUUGGUGGAGCCAAGGAUACUUACAGAGGUCUACUUUCACAGACGUGGUGUGCUCUUCCUUAACGUUCAAAACUGUUUCUUCAAAGGUUGUUCCAGAAAUUUUCAAGACUGUAUCCCAAAGUAGAAACGCAGCAGUCCCAGGCGUUGGCAAUGGGCAGCGUGCGUGCCAACCGCUACAGCAUUGUAUCCUCCGAGGAAGACGGGAUGAAACUAGCUACAAUGGCAGUUGCCAAUGGCUACGGCAAUGGCAAAAGCAAGGUACACACCAGGCAGCAGUGCCGGAGCAGAUUUGUGAAGAAAGAUGGCCAUUGCAAUGUUCAGUUUGUAAAUAUGAGUGAAAAGGGGCAACGCUACUUGUCAGACAUCUUCACAACAUGUGUAGACAUUCGUUGGCGGUGGAUGCUGGUCAUCUUCUGCCUGUCCUUCAUCUUGUCCUGGCUGUUGUUUGGUUGCAUGUUUUGGCUUAUUGCACUGAUGCAUGGUGACUUGGAUGGCAAAGACUCGCAUAAACUAUGUGUUUCUGAAGUCAAAAGCUUUACAGCUGCAUUUCUUUUCUCCAUUGAGACUCAGACCACUAUUGGAUAUGGCUUCCGUUGUGUGACAGAGGAAUGCCCCAUAGCUGUAUUCAUAGUAGUCUUUCAGUCCAUUGUGGGCUGCAUCAUUGAUGCUUUCAUCAUUGGUGCCGUCAUGGCCAAGAUGGCCAAACCAAAGAAGAGAAAUGAAACACUCAUUUUCAGCGAUAGUGCUGUGAUCGCUAUGAGGGAUGGAAAGCUCUGUUUAAUGUGGCGAGUUGGAAAUUUACGAAAGAGCCACUUAGUGGAAGCCCAUGUAAGGGCCCAGCUGCUUAAAUCUAGAAUAACACCAGAGGGUGAAUACAUACCCUUGGAUCAAGUAGAUGUUAAUGUAGGCUUUGAUAGUGGAAUAGAUAGAAUAUUUCUAGUGUCACCAAUUACAAUAGUACAUGAAAUUGAUGAAGACAGUCCUUUCUAUGACUUGAGCAAACAGGACAUGGACAAUGCAGAUUUUGAAAUUGUCGUGAUUCUUGAAGGAAUGGUGGAAGCUACAGCAAUGACCACACAGUGUCGCAGCUCGUAUCUUGCCAGUGAAAUUCUCUGGGGUCACCGAUUUGAACCAGUGCUCUUUGAGGAGAAAAACUACUACAAAGUUGAUUAUUCCCGCUUUCACAAAACCUACGAGGUGCCUAAUACGCCUCUCUGCAGUGCCAGGGAUUUGGCAGAAAAGAAAUACAUACUCUCCACACCCAACACUUUCUGCUAUGAAAAUGAGGUGGCCCUCAUGAACAAAGACGAUGAGGACAGUGAGGCUGGGUCCCCAGAGAGUCCGAGCACAGAGACACUAACUAACACGGACCAUAAUCAGGCCACUGUCCCAUUAGAACCUCGCCCACUCAGACGGGAAUCUGAAAUUUGACACCUAAAAUGCAUCUUUUUUUUAAAAAAGAUCAUGUAUCCUCAAAGCAUAUUGUGCUUAACUGUGCCUAGAACAGCACACCAAGAAAAGGGUCCUGUUGAAGUCAGACUUUGCUGAAAGGCCAUCCUACACAGGUUGUUCUUCUUUAGUAACAGACUGGAGAAGAUCAAUUCUUUCAAACAAAGCACUAAUAAUAAUUUUUGACCUGAUAAGGAGGCACAUAAUGGCAAAUGCAGUAGCAUAUAUAUAUAUAUAUAUAUAUAUACACACAUAUAUACAUAUAUGGCAAAACUUGAACUUGCAGGAAAGACUGGUUGGAUGUAAGUUAACCCAAAACAUUAUGUACACCGAACAAAAUGGCUCUGAAAGGAAACUUAUUGUUCUGAACGAGGAAUUCAUCUGCUCUGAAAUGGUUUAACUGAACUCCUGAAAGAACAGUGACCACUGAAGAACAAUUUAAUAGAUAAGUUGAUAAGUGAAGUUGCGGCUUAUAUAUAAUAUUUAUUUUUGAAGUUUUCUUCUAUUGAUUUAUUGUGAUCAAAUCAAAAUCAGUAUUUAUGAUUCAUUUGCUUUUCUAAAACCAUGAAUUAAAAAUUGGUUCAAUUUUCUUUCUCCUAGUUCCUUUAAAAUUGACUGACUUUAGUUUCCAAAGAAUUGGUUGACUUAAUUCUUGAUGGUAGUGUCCCGCAUAUGAAAACCAUGACAAUUCGCUGCACUGACCCGAUGAAAUUCAUAGUUCCACUGUUCAGAAAAUAAUUAAUUGCAUGGAUAUUUUUCAUCGAUUUUUAGCAAAUCUUACGGUCUCCCUUUUUCAGAAGUACAUAUAUCAUAAAGUUAAGUUUAACUAAUGACAAAGGGCAAGCAUGUCUGGCUAUCUAACUAUUGCAGAUGUUAAGAUACUAGUCCUUUUCCAACAAGCUUUAUCUGUGAAUAUAGAUCUUCCAAAGGUGAAGUGCAGCGCAUUCCUCUCCUUUUAAGUAAGCAAUGAAACCCAAACCUAAAUCCUUGCAUGUUUAUCAGCUUCCUGCUGUUCCGCAUUCACCCAAAAAGUGGAACAUUUUGGCCAGCAAAUUUUCCUGGCAAUUGGUUUCAUUCUGUAAUCACCCAGCAGAUAUUGUGACUUGGGUGUGGCAAGAUGAUGGAAAGACAUUCCUCUACUUUGCCCUCGCCUGUCCCCGUCCUCUCAUCCUCUCCGCAAGUUGGGUCUAUUCUCUUGAAACACUCUGAUAGCAAAUGAGACAUCAUUCUUGGUGGCAAUAUGCAGUGCUAACCUGAGAAUUGAACUUAUAGCACUUUGGCUGGAAGUCCAGUUAAUCCACUAAGCACCAUAACCACUUAGACUAGAAACAAAUUUGAGCUGUAUUGCUGCCUAUCUGGGAUAUAGUGGGGUUUGAUUUCUCUGCAGCAAAAUAGCUCACAACAGAGUGAAGUAGAAAUAAUCUUUCCAGUGAGCAAGAACUAUGGUACUAGCCUUCAGAACGUUUGAGCAUCUGUGGCUUAUCUAACCUGCUCAUCUGAAUGAAGCUGCACAGAGGAGGGAAUAAUGGAGGGGUCAAAUCACACUGUUCAAACAUUAAGAUUUUUAAAAAUGGAAUGUAACUAAGGAUUUUAAAAGCUUUUGAUUUUUCAUUGUCUGCACUAGAAGAGAGCAUCCUGUUUCUUGAUAUUUUCCUUUCCAUAGCUGUUCAGCUGAAUGUCACAGCAGUUAGUUCAAGUCCACAACUCCUUAUUCCAAAGCUGGUUUGUCUGAGGAAGAAGACUGUUACUGCUGUGACAACAGAUUUAGACUGACCUCCCAAGUGAUCACAUAAUCUUUAAGAGAUGGUCCAUCACUCAAAACAGUUUUUGGUUCUCAUUGGAGUUGCAGCAGAAUUAACCAGGUUCGGACCAGCUUAGAAUAGUGGGAAAAGGGUCACUGAACAUUUUGGUAUAGACUGUUGGCAUGUCGCCAAGCAAAUGACAUCCACUAUUCUUAAAACAAAAUUAAGUUUAAUAUUAGGCGCUCUGGAAGAAAGACAAAACAUUUCUUGUUUAAAAAUUUACCAGUAUUUUUUACGCGGUGAGAGACAUUAGCAGAACUCGGCUUGUUUUAAUGUGGUAGUUAAAUGUCACUGACCUUCUGAAAGCAGACAGUAAAGUGGGGUCAGCACAUCUGCCAACUAAUUGAAAGUGGUCUUCUUGCCAACUCUAAUUAUAGCUUUAUUAGCAAUUUUUCCCGUGGAGGACUUUGAAUUGCCUGUUUAGGCACUUGGCAGCUUUCACUGACCUACAAGUGGUUGUGGGUCCUACAGAAACCAAAAACAGUGAACAAUACAUGACAGCUUGGAAAUAGAAAUAGGUUUGGGUGGGUAGGGGUGUGGGAGGGUAGGUUCACCGAUACACACAAAUGACUGAUUAGUUAACUUAGAGAGAAAAUAUGCACAAGGCAACUUGAAGAUGGAUGCCAUCCGUCAGUAUAAAAAUUGCAAAAAUACUGCACAUGCUGCUAAUAAAAGUGCAUCCCUCGGUUCCUUAGAAUGGAAUUCCAACCAAAGAGUAUUUAAACCAGCAAAUAAAGCAAUGGAAAAAGAGCAGGAAACCAAGGAGCUGGCUUACAACACUUUGGAUUGACCUGCAAAAUGCUGCCAUUUCACUGAAGAGAAAUUAGCACAUUUAAAAAAUUUUAAAAAACCAAAAAAAAACUUUUUUGAACACUUCAGGGCUCAAUUGCCUGAUGCAUAUAUUUAUCAGGAAAAAGAAAACAGCAUUUUUACAACAGAAAACUCUUGCAAUAUAUAGUUUUUAAUAAAAUGUACAGUUUAUAAAUGUUUAAUGAAUAUUUUCAUAUUUAAAGCCAAAUGUAAAUAGAGUCAAAGUAAGAUGCCACAUGAGGAUAAAAACUGGCAAUUCAGUAUCUUGUAACAACCAGUAGACCCUAGAUGCUGCAGGUUAGCGCAGGUCACUUGAUUUUAACAUUGUUCAAGCUUAAUAGGGUUUGUUACAACUAUGAACUUUCAUUAUUUAUUAUUUAAGCAUGACAUAAAGUUAAAAUUCAUAGAAUACCUUAAUGACAUUUAAAAAAAACUGGUUAGAAUUUGGAAUGUUGCAAUCUUGUCAAGACAUGACAAACUAGUUUAACUCUCAUGCACUCUUUGUACGAAAUAUUUCCACUAAAGAUAUAUUUUUUUUGGCCUUCCUACAAGGCAUUUUGGGAUAACAAAAUUGUGAAGUACUGUAAUGUCUGUAACGUACAGCUGCUCUCGACCAUUUAACUUAUUUAGUGCUGCACGGUGGUCACCUCUCUGCCAGUAAGAUUUGUUGUCUUAUGAACUCCUUUCAGCUUUCCCUAUGGACACUUGCAGCUUGGAAAAUCUAAGUUUUGAUGAUGUUCUUGAUUUUAUUAUACUUGUACCAUUUUUGCAGCCUUUUGUAUCAACGUCUUCCUACUGUACUGCACAGAUCCACCAAUUGUACAGAUUUUUUAAAAAAAAUGUAUGUCUUAUUUUAU